UUGUACGGGAAUUGAGCGAGCCCGAAGGAACACCGGGUAUCGUUUCGGGAACUUGUCGUUGGUCGUAUGGUUGGUAGUCGAGGUAUAAGAAAGAAUCGCCACACGCUUCGAGACGGAGCGAUAAGAAGGCAAAGUGUCGGCGUCGCCGUGCCGUCGUACGACGCACGAGAGUAAGUCGGCUGAUAACGAGUAGCCGAUGCUGGUAUGUAGACCCGGCACUGUUGUCCUAACGACUACCGCCGACCAAUAGUGUCGUCACUCGUCACUCGUCACUUGUCACGUUCCAGCGAUGCGUUUGGUAGCCAGGACGAACGCGACCACGAUGCCGCGGCCGUUCAGGAGUCUAUGAAUUUGGAAUCACCGUUCUCUCUCCGUGGGUUGUGCUUGUAACGCUGAGAAGCUUUCAGGCUUCGCGAGGAAUGCUGGAAACUGGUCUGUCGCGAACUCGUGGGGAUGUUAUGUAAGCCGUAGUUGGUCGACGUAAACGCGUAUACACGCAAAGACGUCGCGUACGCGAGAAAGAGACGCGUCGCCGACGCCAAUCGACGCGGUAUAAACUCGAGGUUGUCGAAGACGCGAAAUUCUCGGUGAACACGGUGACAACUGACAACUGAUAACUGAAAACUAAGCGUGGCUCGGCUCGGCUCGACUCGUACGCGAACGCAUUUCGUGAUCGGGUUACGUGCUCUAGCAGCGAUCCUCGAAGGUUACCCGAGGACACUCUGUACCCGUGGGUCAGUUUCGACGAGCUUUUCAGCUAUGAAGAAGAUACGCAACUGAAGACCGGGGACAGGGAAGAAGACGAAGAGAAGGUGUACGAAGAACGUCUAGGAAUGUCUUCGGCUUCGGUCAACAAGCUGCAGAUUUUCUGGGACCGUUUCAUUCACGCAAGGUCGCAGAGUUACGAGAAAUCAUCGUGGCUGGACGUAUUCCUCGCCGAGUUGCUUGCUCAAGCAAAAGAAUGCCGAGAUGUGAAAGAUGCUCUGUCGUUUUGUUCGGUCGGCGGUGGCGGUGUGUCUACCCUUAUAGCCUGUGAGCUACUUUCGGAUGUCCACGAGCUCUGCGCGAAGAGGAUCGACGGAGACGAACUGGUCGGAUUGAGAAAGUAUUUGACGCAAGAUCGCGGUUGGCGUUGCCUGGCGGUUUUGCAGCUUCUCGGUGUACGCGGUCUUUCUUGCGGACGCGAGCUGGUAGCUCUGCUGGUGGCGCUUUAUCCGGUCGCGCUUCAGGAAGAGGGCGGCAAGCCCGACUCGACGGCUUCGAACGGAUCCGCGCGGAAUCCGUAUGUGAAGUUUCACUGCAACGACGACACCGUCGACACGAUACAUAUCGUGCCGCGCGCGAAACCGAGAGCGAUCAAAUCUAGCCGAAACGGUGGUUCGUACGAGGGAAAUGGUGCGUCGAGGAAAAGAGCAAAUCGUAGACACAGUAUCGGUAUCGGUAGCAAGGUGCCGACGCACCACAAGCAAAGAUCGUUUGGUAUGCUCGAAACGCGCCGUAACACGUCGGAAACCGCGAGCAGCGAGUCCGAAUUGUUGACGGACGGUAUAGAUCAGGCGCGAUCGGUCACGCUCAAGAUCCGGCUGAAUCCGAUGGAUUUCGAGUACUUCACCUCCGUGGUUAGAAGCGACGAGGAACAAAAAUGGCAAGCGGCGCUCUACGAGCUACCCACUCGGCCGGCCAAGAAAACACCGACCGACUACGCGGACGAGAGGAUCAAGGACGUUCUAGAUUCGAGGAUCAGCAAUUUCGAGGCAAGUCUGUUGAUCGUGCAGCUGCUUCAAGGGCUCAGAGAUUACGACACCCCGGCUGAGCAGACUCCGGCCGUGCAGGUCCUCAAGUUCGCUUUGGACACGUUAUGGUCCCUUCAAUUCGGCAUAGACGAUACCGGUUUCUCCGGCACGGAAUGCGCCACGUUAAAAGCAGCGGCUGCGAGGCUAAUGCUGACGGCGCUCGAACGCGUACUCAGAGCGAACGAGCCAACCACGGCCGUCAUUCACAACGGACUGCUACCCAUGACUUUGAGAUUACUCGAAGACGCUUGCAGCAAACCGGUGAACGUGCUUUCACCGGAAGAGGGCUCGCUGCUGCAGGAGUUUAUCUUCGGCACCAUUUACGGAAUCGUCGCUUUCCUUUACUGUCUGUUGCAUCAACAGGGAGCUUCCAUCGAGAAAUUGUCCGACUUUCUCGAACUGUUUCAACUGUUUGCCGAAAGCCAGGACGGCAAGCUCGUCGAAAGAACGAUACUCGCGAUAGUCGAGUUGCCGAGCACCGACCAGGCGAGAUCGAUUACCCGCGCCAGAAAGGUGAUCGAUAUGAUAGGCGCGCUAACGAGCGGUUUGAAGUCGGCGCGACGCGAUAUCGAUCACGCGGCUCGGUGCAAUCGGACCAAACACAAAUCGUGCGUCGAUCACGUUCAAACUCAUCAUCAUUCGGAUAUAUUCGGAGUCGCCCAUGCUCGGUUGGACGUCGAUAUCACCGCGAAACAGCAAUGCUGCGUUUCCUCUCUGUUCAUGACUCUCGUUCGUUUGCUCGGAGGGACGCAUCCUUUUCCCACCGAACUCCUAGUCAGAUUAAUCAAGGUCUCGACGGCAGCGGGCACCUGUUGCUGCUUUCCACCGCGAGUACUCAUGCGCGGCAUCGUCUCGCUUCUCGACAGGCGCGACCCGGCGACUUACGCUCCCGCGGUGAUGCUUCUCGAGCGUACUUUUUUCAAGGAGCUCGGUGCCUAUUCGGAAUCGAACUUGUGCACCACUUGCGACAGAUCUGCGACCUACGCUUGGGACUUUCUGCGGUCGUACGCGGAUCUCUUGACUCCGGACGAGCCGAAACUAUGUUACGUUCUAAUGGCUCACCUUCUCAAGGUAGGGCCUUGCUCAAGCUUCCACGUCAGACGAGAAUUGCUUCUGCAAGUCUUCUACCCCACAUUUUUGAAAUGUAAAACCUACUACAAAGCCGAUACCGGAAACGUCGCAACGAAAUUUCUUCUCCAGUCUUGUCUAUCCGCGAUAUCAUGCUUGAUCGUGAACGCACAAUUAUACGAAGGGUUCGCGGAACUCGAUGGACUGAACGAAACGUUAGCCUUGCUCUCAGAUAUGACUUUCGCGAGAAACGCGUACGCCGUUCUCGAAGUGAGCGUCGUUAUCGAAAUCCUGAGAACGAGAACGAAUUCCAUGGGAUCCGAAUCCCAGGAUGCCGAGGCCGAAAGAGAUCGACCAGCGCUCAAAUCUUUAUUCGAUUCCCUCGAAAAGGAAACGAACGAGUUGCUCUCUGCUAUAGAGGAUACGCCCGAUGACUCCGACCGAGUGGAGAGAGAUCUCGCGACUAACAACGCGGAAAUCGACGAUCGAAAUGCUCAACGAUCGACGAUGUUCGACGCCGAUACACGGGACGGUACGCGACAAGCAUUCAGCGAAACGAACGACUUGGCUGCCGAUGCGAUUUCCCAUCCUCCGGAAAUACUCGGUAGUUGCCUCGAAACCACUCGCCCGACGUCUCUGAGAACCGAUAGCGACGCAAAUGCGAAGAAGAAAAUUAAUCUAUACCAGGCAAGCGCCGCGUGGAGAGCCACAGCCGUGAUAGCUCUGAGCAGCCCAACGUUCCGCACGGAAUUGUUGAGGCAUUCCCUGUCGAACAAAUGUUCCCGACUAUUGAAAACGUUGGCGCUACGUAUCUCUACGGAUAGUAUCACAGAUACCACCAACAAAUCGGCGCACAAACUCUUCGAGGCAUUGCUCACGUGCUGCUUCACGUUACCGUGGCGUGACUGCGCAGGUGACAUAAUCGGAAGAACACUGAUGGACACAGGCGUGAAGCUAGCUCGUGGACUGGCCGUGAUCGUGGAAGUUUUAUUAAAAGUCUCUAUGCUGAAACCAGCGCAAGAAGAAACUAUACCUCAGCAUACUCGGCCCAGGUUACCGACUAUGACGUUGGAUGCGAUACCAGACUGUGCGAUGGACGACAGCAGUACCGGCGAAUACGUGACCGCCGACGAUGGCUACGAGGCGGACGUCGAGGUGGCGGGAAGAACUCCUCGCUCCGACGGCGUAAAGAGACGCAGCAAUUCCCUGGGUCCGGUAGUCGAACCUAGAGGCCACGCGAAUGCGCACCCAGCCUUGUGCUCGUUAGCGGUCGACCUGUUGAUUCAUUUUACCGAACAAGGUCUGGACGCCGAUAGAGAAUCCAUCGUAACUGCUGGUUUAAGAAAAGUUGCGGUUACCUGUCGGGAGAGCGCUUCGAGUUGUGCCGCGUUAGCUGGUUCCGGCGUGAUUAUGAAACUACUAAACGGCUUUAAGGAUAUAUUCGCCAACAGAGAUGUUCGUUAUCAAGAUUUGCAACACGCUGUUCUAGAAGUGUUUACCUUGUUAGCGACGCAAUCUAUUUUGCCGUCAGAAUUGGUCGCAUACCUGUCUCUGUUUAAAGUCGAGGCACCUCCGCUUUUAUCGCUGUUGGAACCGCUUUAUCAUCUCGUCCUUGGCGCGCGUCCUCAACCCAAUUUUAUCCUAUCGUUCCCUGUACAUUCGGAACUGUCGAAAGUGUUGCCAAAAAUUCAAUCGGAAGAGUACAAGAACUUGGAAAAAGCUGAGAAUCUCGUAAACAAUUUCCGAAAGAGACACUUGGCGACUGGAAUAUGCAGCCCAUGGUCUGUCCACGCAACGUGUCUGCCAGUCGGAUCGGAACUGGCUUGGCCGGUCUGGUUACACGGUUGCUCUGUUUCCAUGUGGCUAAGGGUCGAAAGAGGAUCGCCCGUUACUGGUAAAGGGACAGUGAUCGGUACGUCACCGUUGCUCGAUUCGGACAACGACAGCUUAUCAGACUGGGGUGUUCUGUCCGAUAAUUGGAGUCGCGAAGUCGUGGCAGGUUCGACAUCUCCACCUACGCCGUCGUCGAUCAUUCAUUUAAUGUCUAUCGGACUCGAGUCUUUGGUUCUCGAAACCUGGUUGGAUCUGAGAUCAGACAAAUUAAUCUUACGGUUAACGCGACCAGACGACAAAACGAAUCGUACGGUUUCCGAAACAUCGGUAACUGGGAUGCUUCCUUCUGGGCGGUGGCAUCACUUGGCACUGAAUUUCAAGGAUACCGUUUUAAACAAACGCAGCGCCGUGGUCGAGGUUGUCCUCUGGGUGGACGGCUGGAAAGAAAUAAACGCGCGAUUACCAUUCGACGGUCUGUUGGUGAGAAAGCCUGGAACUACAUGCGUUCUACUAGGACAAGUCGGGUCGAGCAGUAUCGGGGCCUGGUAUUUGGGAAACUUGAUGGCAUUCAGAUGUCCAGUGUUUACGAAGGAGAGAGCAUUAUACCUGGCGAGUCUUGGGCCUAAUUAUACCAAUCUUGCGGAAUGCGCUCUAAACAUGGAUAAACCAGAUUUCGCGCCGGUAAUUGCAUCUGGAGCAUUGGACGGUGUACGAGAAGUAAAAUUCGAGGGAGCAGGGAAAUUUGAUACGAACCGAAGAAAGUCCUACGGUGGAACGUACUUGAGGCAUGCCGUAGAGACCAAAGUAUCCGAGACUAAAAUCGACUGGGAUGCGGUCAUGGAUGCUACGAAUUCGCAUCUGGCCGAACUGCAAAAUAAUCUCCUUCUCAGUUACGAGGCACAGAAUCCGAAUAUCGUUCAUCUUUACCCUCAAGCUAUCGCGAAUCCUGCCGCCGUGGUAAGAAAUCUGUUUCCGGGUCAACCAGGUUUUAGGGUUGUCUCCGCGCCGGAGCACAGAGUUUCGCAGCAACCACCUUUGUCUUUGGCUCCGAUACUGUCCGUUCGAUUGGAAUGCCAACAGUACAGAGGACUAGUACCCGCUGCAACCUUAAUAGGCGGAGUACCUAUAUUUCUCUUUCUGUUCGCAAGAGUAGUCGAAUUGGACUCUACCGAGGAAGAACAAGCGUUGGCUCUUUCGAUAGUUCUGCACUUGAUACGAAGCGAUUCCGAACUGUUGAAUCAAUAUCGAUCGGAAGGUGGGACAGCGUUGGUCCUACGCGUUUUAGAAUCGCCACGAUGCCACGCAGGUAGGCACGUUCUGAAAGCAAUGUUAGACGCUGCUUGCGAUAGUUCGAUCCUGAUAAAAGAUGUAGGCAGCGGCAAUCAUUUGAUCUCGCAAAACUGCGAAGCCGUCAUUACGGAUCCUGAACUGAUAAAAGGCGCGCUGACCGCGUGGAGAACAUGGGCUCAAUACGAUACGUUGAAUCUGCUAUUGCAAGCGUUGUUAAUGCUGUUGAGAGACCAGCACUCGCAGCGCGAAUUUAACGCGUCUCAACUGAACAGGGUAGAAAUCGUUGACACGAUUUUGACGUUGUGCAAGGAGCACUUCAUGUACGAGGAACUAGGCGCGGUAGUCGAUUCUUCGACGGGAACAGCCGUAGUCGAAUUGAUCAGAGCAUUGAUGGGUGCCCCGCCCGAAUUUGCUCAUCUCGUGGCAAUCACCGAUUAUUUGGUUCUCGUUCAUCAGGCAUCGGAAACUCAUAUCACGCAUUCGAGGCACAAUAUUUAUUUUUUAUUACCGUCCCUUGGGGAGAAGAAAGCUACAAAGAACGCAUCCGCGGUAACUACCAGUACUUCGGAGGAAUCUAUCGGAACUUUAGAAAACAGUAAACUGAGCAAAGGUUUAAUAAACGCCCAGAUUCAGAAAAGUAAAAUCUCAAAGAGAAAAGAACGCCGAAACGGUCACCUCCAAGAUACCAGCGCCGGAGAAGAUUCCGGAAUCGCGGCUAGCGAUGGAUCCAAUCCCCUCAGUACUGCAAGUAUUAAACAAGUUUUAUUUCACUCGUUAACAAUUAAUAAUUAUCUCAAGCGACAAUUUUCCAUUCAGGAAAAGCAGCCCACGUGGACAGACGAAAGAAGAGCAUGCCAAGGACUAGUUUGCGAAGGUCUUUUGUUAUUGCUGCGGGAUGCGGUCAGAGUUUUACCGGAUAGUCAAGUUGGCUUGGUACUGAAGCACGUUUUAAGAGCUGAACUUUUACUUGUACUGGCAAACAAUCCCGAUCCUAGAGUUCGUACAGCGUUGAUCAAGGUCGUACAAACGUAUCUACAACGCGCUAGCGACGAAGAAAUCAACAAAUUCACCAAGCAAAAGUACUUUAUGCAUCUAGCUAAUCAAAUAGCUUUAUAUCCUGGAAGCGAACCGCUCGUAGUCGCUCUCGAAAAUCUUGCUUUGAGAGGGCCGACUCUAGCCGCGAUGCCGCCGUUAAUGGCUAUGAUUGUAAAAGCAGCAGCUACCGAGCCAAAUAUAGCAAGACCGAUAGUGUCCUUUAUCACCGACGUAAUCGCAAAGAAUCCCAAUGCUUUGAGGAUGCUUUUAGAGCAAGGAUUGAUCGAAUCGCUGGUUCAGGCAUUAGUCGCAGGCGCCCACAAAGGCGGUUCUACGUCCCUUUACCGAGACAUCCAUGUGCUGCUCGUUGCUAUUGCUACGAAGCUCUUGGAAUCUCUGGGAAGUCAUCAAAUGCAAGCUAUUUUAGACAUGCAUUUGAUAUUGAAUUAUAUGGAAUUGAAAGAAAAAUCUGACUGUACGAAAAAUAGAAGCUGUGUGUCGGUCGUAAGGGACGCACAGGUUGCCCUCUUUGACGGCGAACUGGACGUGCUCGCUUCAAAAGUCUCGAAUCAGUCGGGUUUCCGGUUACGCAGCACAGCAUCGUAUCUCGCUUCAGCGUAUCACAUAACUUCGGUUUUCACAACGUCCAGCGAUCAAAGCGAUCAUGGCUCCCGAUCGUCUAGUUUCGGAAGCCUGCACGCCCCGACCGUCGCAACGUUGCGCGAGCCAGGAAAAGGAGAGCUACUCGAGCGAUUUCGCAUUAUUUUAACACGAGCAGUUGAAUUUAUAACGGCAGCCGACGAAUCGCCGUCCGGAAACGAACUGCAAUUAACUAAAAGAUUAUUCUCGAUUCUAUUGCACGGCCUUUGUAAUCCGUUGGAGAAGAAAAAUCACUGGACCAGUGGAUGGUCGACCAGGCAUGCCCUCCGAAAAUAUACGGCCAAGAUAAUGAUGUGGUUACUCGGACCUCAUCAGAGUAACAAUACGAGAAUUUUUGCCGUUAGAUCGUUGAUGGAGGAGCCGAAAGCUGAUAAAAUAUUAUCCUCUAUUCUGGAAGUUCAUCCGCAAGUAGAACAGAAAUUUACAGUCUUCUUUUGGGAUCUUUUGCAAAAACGGGGAGAAAUGUCGAGCGCGGACGCGCGAUUAUGCGCCGAGCUAAGGGAAGCGUUGAACGUAUGGGACUUGGCGAAAGGUAUAGAUCAAGCUAGCUCCCCUGUAUGGAACGAAGAGCUAGCAUUGUUGAGACGCGAACUGAUGAGAGAUCGCGACAUAUGGAUCGACAAUAAUCUUCCAGCUAUCCAAAGAAUUGGCAACAGAUUCGACGUUCUCGGUAAACAACUAACGGAGAGUGCUAUGACUAUUACGCGUACAGUUGUGGAGGAACAAAACCAAGAACGCAAAGUAUUAAUGGAAAGACUGAAACAUUCGAGAGCAAUGGACGCCCAAGCGCUCGCGAAAUGGAGGGACUUGGCCCGACGUUUAACGCACGAAAGAGCACCUUGGUAUUUCGCGAAAAGUUACCCGAGAAGUUGGGAAUUGGAUCCAACGGAAGGACCUGCGAGAGUUAGAAUACGAUUGCAACGAUGUCACUUGAACAUCGAUAAGAGAUUCUUCAUGGCCGAUUAUCGAAAUAAACUGGAACCAGCGGAAAUCGAGGCGCCGUUAUCUUAUCUAUUCGUGACCGAUCGACAAGAUGCGAACGCUACGGCAUUGAUCGAGAGACUCCAUACCAGCGAAAGAAUACGUAAAAUGUCUCAAGCCAAAGUUGUUACUCCUAGAGCCGAAAUAGCUGGCGAAGUUCUUAUCGGUGAAACAUGCCUUUACUUCGUACCUGACAAACCCGACCUACCAUUACACACCGACCUAGCUUUGGGUGGCCUGGAUUUAGCUAUGGUAGGUGGAACAGCGUGGCGUCUCGAAGAUAUUCGAGAAUUGCAUAGAAGGAGAUACCAACUACAAGAGAGGGCCAUCGAAAUAUUUUUAAUUACGGGCAGAACUUAUUUAUUGGCAUUCAACUCUUCCAAGGAAAGGGAUGAAUUCGUAACAGAAUUAUCUGCUUGCAACUUACCAAGGCGAGUACCUGGCGACGAUUUGAACGAAGCCAUCACCCUCUGGCGAAGCGGAGCUUUAACCAAUUGGGAAUAUAUCACUUGUCUGAACAAGUUAGCUGGCCGUUCGUACAACGACUUGAUGCAGUAUCCCGUAUUUCCAUUCGUCUUGGCAGAUUACACCAGCGAAAAGAUCGAUUUCAACAAUCCACAAAUUUACCGAAAUUUUAAACGGCCUAUGGCUGUGCAGGAUAAAAAAAACGAACAACAUUACAUAAACAAUUACAACUACCUUAAACAAACUUUAUCGGAAGGAUUGAAUCUAAUCGCGUUAAAUCAAGAACCAUUUCACUAUGGCUCGCAUUACAGUAAUUCUGGCACGGUACUACAUUUUUUGGUACGAUUACCACCGUUCACUAGCAUGUUUCUGUGCUAUCAAGACAAUAAUUUUGACAUUCCCGAUCGAACGUUUCACGCACUGGCUACAACGUGGAGAUUAACCAGUUGCGACUCAACGACAGACGUGAAAGAAUUAAUUCCAGAGUUUUUCUACCUGCCGGAAUUUUUAUUGAAUUCAGAAGGAUUUAAUUUCGGUGUACGACAAAACGGUAACCGAGUGGGAGACGUUGAAUUGCCGAAAUGGUGCGGAAACGAUGCGCGACUUUUCAUUCUUGCUCACAGAGCAGCGUUAGAAGCGGAUCACGUUAGGGAAGUUCUACCCUAUUGGAUCGACCUAGUGUUUGGAUUUCGACAAACUGGAAGGCCAGCGGUAGAAGCUAUAAACGUUUUCCAUCCAGCGACCUAUUAUGGCUUCAAUGUAGAACAAAUAGCGGAUCCUUUGGAACGUCAAGCUUGGGAAACAAUGGUGCGAACAUACGGCCAGACGCCAGCGCAAUUAUUUAGAGCUGCCCAUCCAUUGGCAAUCCAAAACCUUGGAAACACAAUGUUGCAUUCGCCGUUACCGCAAGUUAUUGAAGGUGUAGAUGGCAUCAAAUGGGGAAACUAUGUCGGCGCACCCGGAAACGAGCCUGCUUUAUGUUGGAAACAUAAACACAGGGCACCGUUAGCGUCUCUGGUUCCCUUAAUGACUGGUGACGUUUUUGGAUUACCUAGCUACACUACUCUACUACUCGGUUACACAAAAGAGAAAGGUGCAAGUAUGUUAAGUGGAACGUCUGUAUUGGGAGCUGCCUUAGUAUCAUGGAGCGGUACGGACGGAAUUGCAAGACUGAAAUGUAAGAAAGAACAACCGCCGAGGCCAUUGAUUAAGUCAUCGGGUUUGGACCCGAUUACUAUUUUAGGAUCUGCUCCGGAUUGCGGACAACUCUGGACAGGUCAUUUAUCUGGCAGAAUAACAGUCUACACGUACACCGUAGUUACAAGCAAAAUUGAUUUCAGUUCGACACCAGCGUGCGUGCUUUUAGGGCACAGCAGUAGAGUAACGGUUAUAUCUCUUUCCCGGGCAUUUAGUAUAGCCGUUACGGGUGAUGCAAGUGGCGUUAUCAUUAUAUGGGAUUUAAACAGCUUAACGUACGUGAGAUCGAUAUCUUGCGAUCAGAAUUAUCCUAUUCGUUUACUAGCGAUUAGCGAAACUCUCGGAGACAUAGCGGUUACUUACGAUGCUUGUAAGACGAUCGAGUACUCGACUAAGAGUCAGUCUGAACUGAAAGUAUUUACGAUAAAUGCAAGACCGGUUGGAUCUGUUCUCUCUAGGAGAAAAAUUACAGCUCUUUGUUAUAGCAAUGCACCCGAGGGAGUUUCCGUAAACGUUAUUGCGACAGGAUUAGAUAACGGAGUCAUAAGAUUGUGGAGCAGUUGGAAUUUGAGAUUAGUUCGAGACAUUCUUAAUUUUACCGAAGGCUGUGGAGCGGUAAUAGCGAUCGCAUGGUCAUUAGAUCAGCAUCAUCUCUAUAGAGUAACCGAAGAUUGUACUGUGCUCAUAUGGGAAGGAACGAAACGUUUGAGCAAUGGUACACCAAAAUUCGUUAACCUAACGUCGCUAUAAUGUAAAUAAACGAUUUAAAAUGCCUUUUGGACACACCAACGUGCAACUUUAUAUUUUAUUUUAGAUAGUAGUAAACGUUCUUUCUUAUUUUAUCGAUAAGUGUAUUGUAACAAACACGUUUUAUGCUACGAUUACGACGUUAACGUGUUAUCUUUACAGUUCGCAUUUUUAUCAAAUUCAAAUCACUCGAAUACGUCUUUGUUUUCUAUAAUGAUAAUUUUAUAUCGCAUUUGCAUCUAUUAAACAAAAAAAAUAUGUUAAAGUAUUAUUUCAUUGAAGUUUUUAAUACAACAAUUUUUUUUAUA